GGUCUAGGAGAAAAAGAAGGGUGGGUUUUGUUCUUCUUUAAACGGGGAAGCCCUGUGUCACUCCACACCCAGCCUCACUUCCCUGAGGAGGACCAUAGAGGAGCAAGUUACUGUACUAACCCUGUGGGAUCUGGAGUUAAACCUGAGAAGCCAUGGUUUGGAUUUGCAGAGCCAGGGGGGCUGCUCUUGUCCUGGGGAUUUGGAGCUACCUAUACUGCAGUGCCUGGAGUGCCUCCUCUGAUUCCCAAAAAUGUGAUGAGCCCUUGGUAGCUGGUCUUCAAACACAAUCCUUCAAAAGUUCAUCUGUAAUGUCUGGAAUUUAUGCCCCAGUAUAUGCUAAACUCAACAGGAGGGAAGGAGAUGGUGGUUGGUCACCACUGGACACUGAUCAUUAUCAGUGGCUACAAGUGGAUUUUGGAAGCAGGAAACAAAUCCGUGCCAUAGCUACUCAAGGGAGGUAUAGCAGUUCUGACUGGGUGUCUCAAUAUCGUCUUCUCUACAGUGACACUGGCAGGAACUGGAAACCGUAUCAUCAGGAUGGAAAUAUAUGGGCAUUUCCAGGAAACAUAAACUCAGAUACUGUUGUCCGACAUGAGCUGCAACACCCAAUAGUAGCUAGCUAUGUGCGUAUCGUUCCUCUGGACUGGAGUGGAGAAGGACAGAUUGGAUUAAGAGUUGAACUAUAUGGAUGUCCAUACUGGGCUGAUGUAAUCAAUUUUGAUGGCAACACUGUGUUAUCCUAUCAGUUCAAGGAUAGGAAGAUGGCAACUGAAAAAGAUGUCAUCUCACUAAAAUUCAAAAGCACUGCAAGUGAAGGAGUUCUCUUUCAUGGUGAAGGACAACAAGGAGACUAUAUCACGCUAGAACUGAAGAGAUCAAAACUGGUUUUACAAUUAAACCUAGGAAGUAACCAGUAUGGAAACAUUUAUGGCCAUACAACCGUUACUACAGGAAGUCUUCUAGAUGACCAUCAUUGGCACUCAGUUAUAAUAGACCGCCAUAAAAAGCAUAUUAAUCUUACCCUGGACAACCAUGUACAGCAUUUUAAAACAAAUGGAGAAUUUGUUAAAUUAGACCUGGAUUUUGAGCUAACUUUUGGAGGCAUGCCUUUGUCUGGAAAGCCAAGCUCAAGCAACAGAAGAAAUUUCAAGGGCUGUAUGGAAAGCAUUAAGUAUAAUUCACUUAAUAUCACUGACCUUGCCAGGAGGAAGAAGAUGAAUUCCUAUAAUGUGGACAACUUAAGUUUUACCUGUGCUGAAUCGCAUGCCGUUCCUGUCUUCUUCAAUGCUACAAGCUACUUGGAAGUUCAUGGACGAGAAGAAGAAGAUGUGUUGUCUCUCAGCUUUUACUUCCGAACUUGGAAUACAAAUGGUCUCCUGCUUUUCACUAUUUUUUCAGAUGAAAUUGGAAGCAUUGAAAUAGACCUAACAGAAGGCAAAGUUUUUGUGCACAUAAACAUUACUAAGUUCAAAAAAAAUCGUAUUGAUAUUUCUUCUGGCUCUGCUCUUAACGAUGGACAGUGGCAUGAAGUACGAUUCACAGCUGAGGAGAAUUCUGCCAUGUUAACUAUUGAUGGGGAUGAGGCUUCAUCUGUUAAAACAAAUAGCCCUCUUCAGUUCCGAACUGGGAGUCAAUAUUUUUUUGGAGGUUUCUUCUCCAAAUCAAACAGCUCUAAUCACCCAGUGUACGAGAAUUCCUUUCAAGGAUGCAUGCAACUUCUCCAUGUGGACAAUCAGCUGGUUGACCUCCAUGCAGUAGAGCAAGGGAAGCAUGGAAGCUUUGAAAACAUCACUAUUGAUAUGUGUGCAAUCAUUGACCGAUGUGUCCCUAAUAAUUGUGAACAUGGAGGAAAGUGCACUCAAACGUGGGACACCAUAACUUGCAAUUGCGAAGGAACUGGGUACACUGGUGCCACCUGUCAUAACUCCAUGUAUGAACUCUCUUGUGAAGUAUACAGACACUUGGGCAAUACAUCAGACUUCUACUGGAUUGAUCCAGAUGGCAGUGGUCCACAAGGACCAAUGAGAGUUUACUGCAAUAUGACAGAGGAUAAAGUAUGGACAACCUUAUACCAUGAUUUGAAGCCUGAAACAUCAGUGCCAGGUGCCAGCAAAGAGAAACGAGUAGUGGUACAACUGAAUUACAACACAUCCAUGGAGCAGAUCUCCACCAUUACAAACAGUGCAGAGAGAUGUGAGCAGUAUCUUUCUUACUCUUGCAAGAUGUCAAGACUGCUCAACUCACCAGAUGGAAAUCCAUACACAUGGUGGGUUGGGAAAGGAAAUGAGAAACAUUAUUAUUGGGGCAAUUCUGGACCUGGCAUUCAGAAAUGUUCAUGUGGAAUUGAUAGGAACUGCAGCGACAGCAGAUUCUACUGUAACUGUGAUGCUGACCAAAGGCAAUGGAGAAAAGAUGAUGGAAUCUUGUCCUACAAAGAUCACCUACCAGUCACUCAAGUUGUGGUUGGAGAUACCUAUCGGUCAUCAUCAGAAGCCAAGCUGACUGUUAAUCCUCUGCGCUGUUAUGGAGAUAAAAAUUAUUGGAAUGCGGUCUCUUUUAUUGCACCCAACUCCUUUCUUCACUUCUCUACAUUCCAAGGAGAGACCAGUGCUGACAUAUCUUUCUACUUUAAAACUUCUGCCCCUGAUGGAGUUUUUGUGGAAAACAGAGGAAACACCGACUUCAUUAAGAUAGAGCUAAAAUCAAAUACUGAGGUGUCAUUUUCAUUUGAUGUCGGCAAUGGUCUAGUAGAGCUGAUUGUUUCUACCUCCACUCCACUGAAUGAUGACCAGUGGCAUCGAGUGCGAGCAGAGAGGAAUAUCAAGGAAGCCAGGCUUCAGGUCGAUCAGCUCCCACCACAAAUACUCAAGGCUCCUACUCAUGGCCACACCAGACUGGAGCUCACCAGUCAGUUUUAUGUCGGUGCUGCAGGAGAUCAGAAAGGAUUUCUAGGUUGCAUUCGUGCUUUAAGAGUGAAUGGCAUUCCAUUAGACUUGGAAGAGAGAGCAAAAGCUACCCAAGGUGUAAAGCCUGGCUGUUCGGGACACUGUACCAGCUUCAAAAACCUCUGCAGAAAUGGUGGCACAUGUAACGAACUAUACAAGGGUUACAAAUGUGAUUGUUCCAGGACUGCUUAUGACGGGAGCAACUGUAUAAAUGCUGUUGGUGGAUAUUUUGAGGAAGGUACCUGGCUGAAAUAUAGUUUCCACACAGCAUCUACUUCAGCAGUCGUCAGUCCAAAAGAUGUAUUUAUUGUUCAACAGUCAUCAGCCUCAGAUAUUUCUUUAGCAAAAGAAGAGCUGCUUUUUAGCUUCAGCACUACCAAGACACCUUGUAUCCUUGUGUAUGUCAGUUCAUAUUCCCAGGACUAUAUGGCGGUGCUCUUGAAGCCACCUGGUAUCUUACAAAUUCGGUACAAUUUAGGAGGCACCAAAGAGCCUUUUAUUGUUGAUAUCACUGAUCAUAAAAAUUUGGCUAACGGGCAACCACACAAUGUCAAUAUCACCCGAGCUGGAAGGAACAUCAUAUUCCAGCUUGAUCAUUACUCUCCAGCAACAUACAGCCUGCCUCCUUCUUCUGAGACUCAGUUUAAUGGACCAAAGGCCCUUUUCUUGGGAAGAGUGUUAGAGACUGGAACUAUAGAUCAGGAGAUCCAAUCCUACAACACUCCAGGCUUCAGCGGCUGCUUGUCCAGAGUACAGUUCAAUCUUAUAGCCCCUCUCAAGCUUGCCUUAAGGUCGCGAAAUAACUCCCAGGUGCAAGUGGUGGGAGAGCUUGUGGAAUCGAACUGUGGUGCGUCACCGCUGACCAUCCCUCAAAUGGCAUCGGAAAACAAUCCUUGGCACUCAGAAACUGCUAAUUUCCCGAACAAUGAAGGACAAGCCAUUACAGAUGGAGUCAACAGGAAUUCUGCUAUUAUUGGAGGUAUCAUAGCCGUGGUAAUCUUCACCAUUCUUUGCACCUUGGUGUUUUUGAUACGCUACAUGUUCCGCCACAAGGGAACCUACCACACAAAUGAAGCCAAGGGAGCUGAAUCUGCCGACAGUGCCGAUGCAGCCAUUAUAAACAAUGACCCCAACUUUACGGAGACCAUCGAUGAAAGUAAAAAGGAAUGGCUUAUCUAAAGGAGCGUUCAACGUGACCACAGUGGGCUCUGGGGUGUUGCUAGCGACUGUGUCUCGCCAGUAGGCUUUGGAUUUCUCCAUGCAAGAUCACCAGAACCAGGAGGGUACAAACGGCCACUCAAUACACUGACAAAAAUUACAAAUCAUAAACUUUGAUGAAGGCAUUUGAAAGUCAUUUUUAGUUACAUCUACAGUCGGGUUUUUCUCCUUCUGUAUUUCCCUGUCUAAAAAGAACACAAUUUCAGCUUUUAGAGUCUCAGCGUCGGUUUGGGUUUGUCAGUACUAUCUGUAUUUUUUUGUGUGUGUUUAGAGGCAAUCAAAUAACUACGCAACGUCCAAGGGCCUGUUUUCUAAAAAUUUUAUAAGCCCUGAGAUUAUUAAAGAAGUCAACAUAUAUCCACAAGUGAUUAUAUGUAAACCUAUGCAAGUGUUUAUGUAUAAUCCUGCACACACAGCAUAUUAUUAUCCUCUUCUUCCUUUCUCCUUUAUAUGAUAAACUACUUUUCAUUGCAUGCAUAGGCACUGCAGUAACUCAGAAUG